AUGAUCUGUAACCUGCUUUUGUCCUGCUCUGUCCUCCUCCUCUCCUUCAGUCCUCUGCUAGCCCAUCCUGUAACAGACACCGCUGAGAUGGCUUACACCGGCUUGGAUUCAGUGGAGGAGGCUGGAGCUGUCAGUCCAGACGAAUUCUCCAUCUCUGAUCUCAAUGAUCUCCUGCAGAGGGCAGCAGGAGCAGCACAUUCCCCGCUGCUCAGCCGAGAGAGUUUAAAAGUGUCUGAAAAGAUUCCCAAAGAGGCCCUUAGAGAGGUUCUGUUAGAAAAACCCUAUCGCCUCAUCCCUCCAAGUGGUCUUAUGGGACUCAGGAGACAGUUCAGGAAGAGAGGAAGUGGUGCAGACUGCUUCUGGAAAUACUGUGUUUGAGACAUCCAUGAACAUUGACAUACUGAACAGACUGUGAGGGCUUUUACAGCUUUAACAAGCAAACAGCCUUUAUGAUGGACAAGACACACAUACAUACACAUAAUAUUAUGAUGGGAUAAAACUUAAAAGAAACAUGCACACACACAGUUACAGGUAACAGGUUUUUCAACAGUAACCUCACAGAAAAAGUCAAAUAUAUGAGUGUUUUCUACAUAUCUUAAUUUUUAAUGGGUUUCUGGAAUAUUUGGAUUCAUUGCCAAUACCAUCUUUACAGAAA